ACUACAGUUUGGGAACGAGCUGAGCUGCAUGCAUAAUAACACCGCACAGAGAAUUGGAUUCAUUUGCGCGCUCUCUGUCUCUUGCUUUAUCUGAACCAAGGCAUUCUAACGAUGACAGCACAAAAACACGUGGACCGAGGGUUCACUGUAGGAGUAUAUUGAUGGGGCCUAUCUCGUGGUUUGGUUCUUUAUGGCGUUUAUUAAACUAAACUUCUGAGAAAAGGUCGUUUUUUUCAAACGCUGCUGCGUUUGUGCAGAGGGGAGAUGUCAUCUGGUCAAGGACUACUGAACGUCUUCUCCUGCUCCACUCCAGCCUCCAAAGCCAUCUCCAAAAGGAAGUUGCGACAAACUCGGAGCCUGGACCCUGAUAUUAUAAGAAAAUGUGGCACAGAGACAGAUAGAACCCAUGGGGACCGCUUGGGGUCACCUGGUUUGCGCGUUGAGGAUGCAGGUGCGUUUUCAUCCUCGCCAAGCUUCCCUGAGCACCCGGUUGCGUUGAAAUCAGAUGCCCGGUCCAGAAAUCUUAGGGUGAAACAACCCCUUUCGUCUUUAUCUGGUCCCUCCACACCCUUGGACCUCUCCCCGACAUCAAACUUCCCCUUUAACUAUGACGUGACUGUGAGGGGCACAAAGCGGAAUACCGCGUGGGAUUUACCGUUUCUGGUGAGGAGCCCCAGCGUCACUCCAACUGGGAGCACGAACACAUUAUUCUCACCGCGGAGAUGGCUUCAGAAGAAGCAGCAACAGUCCAGUUCUCACGCCUAUAUCGUUUGGAAGUCGGAGGGUGACUUCACCUGGAACAGCCUGUCAGGGCGGAGUGUACGGCUGACGCCGACGGCCAUCCAGAGCCUGUCGGAGCUGGAACGAACCUGGCUACAGGAGGUAGCCUUCAACAGGCUCCAUCAAGACUAUGACCUGGGCUGUCAGAUCACCAUCCCCAAAGAUGGACAGAAAAGGAAGAAGUCGCUGAGGAGGAAGUUGGACUCUUUGGCGAAAGAGAAAAACAAAGAUAAAGAAUGCAUACCCCAGGCCUUCGGUAUGGCCCUGUCCCAGGUGAUCGCCAACGACCGGACCCAGAGGCAGCGCCAGGAUAGCCUGCGUCAGGACCCUCCUCACAGGGAGGAGCAUAAGGACCCGUCGGACCUGGUGUCGUCCAUCCUGCAUUUUGCCACCAAGAGGUCCAGCAAUAAGGAGCUGUCCAGCAGUAACUCCUCCCUCAGCUCCACCUCGGAGACAGCUAACGAGUCCACGUCGCCCAAUACGCCCGAGGCUGCCCCGCGGGCACGCAGGAGGGGGGGCAUGUCGGUGGACUCCAUCACAGACCUGGAUGAUAACCAAUCCCGCCUGUUGGAGGCGCUGCAGCUGUCUCUGCCCCCUGAAGCACCCAGCAAGAAGGAGAAGCACCGGGACAAGAGGCUGAGCCUCAACCCUAUCUACAGACAGGUGCCUCGCCUGGUGGACAGCUGCUGCCAGCACCUGGAGAAGUAUGGUCUUCAGACGGUGGGGAUAUUCCGAGUGGGGAGCUCCAAGAAGAGAGUGAGGCAGCUGAGGGAGGAGUUUGACCGGGGAGUGGACGUCCAGUUGGAUGAGGAGCACAGUGUCCACGACGUGGCCGCGCUGCUCAAGGAGUUCCUCAGAGACAUGCCUGACCCUCUCCUCACCAAGGAGCUCUACACUGCCUUCAUAAACACCAUGUUGCUGGACUGUAAGGAGCAGCGGAGUGCCACCCAGCUCCUGGUUUACCUGCUGCCAGCCUGUAACAGCGACACCCUGCACCGCCUCCUGCAGUUCCUCUCUACCGUGGCGAACCACGCCCACGACAGCCAGGACAAAGACGGACAGGAGGUGACGGGGAACAAGAUGACCUCUCUGAACCUGGCCACCAUCUUUGGUCCCAACCUGCUCCACAAGCAGAAGAGUUCAGACAAGGAGUUCAGUGUGCAGAGUCCGGCCCGCGCAGAGGAGAGCACUGCUGUUAUCGCUGUUCUCCAGAGGAUGAUCGCAACCUUCCACUCCCUCUUCAUGGUGCCCCCGGACCUGCAGAAUGAGGUCCUAAUGACUUUACUAGAGACUGAUCCUGAUGUGGUAGACUAUCUGCUCAGGAGAAAGGCAUCACAGAGUCCGGACGUGUUGCGAUCGGAGGAUCCUUUCUCCCUGAGCGAGAGGCGCUCCUCCAGUGACUCCAACAAGGUCUCCAGUGGAGAACUGUCCCCCUAUGACAACAACUCCCCCAUUCUGUCUGAGCACCAGGGGGAAGGGACCAGCCCAGGGUCAGAACAAUACACCCUGGUGAGGCAGGUGGCAGGACGGACACGGGACCCCCAUGGGUCCAAUCCUUGGGUCUCAAAAGAGGAGCAUGCUAAUAUCUGGGGAGCUUGGCAUUCCACUCUGAAACCAGGGCUGAUGGACCAGCCUUAUGCAGGUUCCCAUAGCAACAUGUCAGAGGGCAGCUCACGCAGCUCCCAGGAAGGACUUGACUGUCUCCAAGGCGAUGCCAGGCAGGUGGUACGACGGACACAGACCUCGCUGGGCGUGGCCGAAUGCAGGCCCCAUCCCCCUGUCACACGGGUCUGUAGCAGCCCUCACAGCAAGGCGGGACGGCCGCGCCUCCUACUGAGCCUCAACCCUGUGACCCCACCCCUACCGUACCCUGACAGCCAAUCAGCAGCCAGCAGCGCAGAGAACCUCCCCCAGGGCAUUAGACACCAGGCUAACCCCAGCCCUAACUCCGCCCACUCCGGUCCUACCCCUCCCCCUUACGGCGGCUUGUCCUCCAGGCUCUCCCCCUCUGCCUCUAAACCAGCCCAGCCUGUCUCCCCCUCCCUCGCAGCACCCCCUCACCAGCACCCCCUGCAGGGUGGGAGGCCAAUGGUGCCACAGAACUCAGCCUCCCCCACCACGGACAGCAUGGUACCCAUGAGCCAAGAGUGGCAGGACUGGCAGAGGGACAGAUGGCAGAUCUGGCAACUCCUCUCCUCGGAAAACGCAGACACACUCCCAGAGACACUGGUGUAAGCUGGACCAUAGGACCGUGGGGUAGUGUUAGCCAUCCCUCCCUCCAUCCCUCCCCUCUGUCCUCCCCUGCGUCAUUCCCCUCAAACAUGGGCGCCGUGGCGUUGUUUACAUGUGCAGCUGCUGCCUAUACUACGGACUUGGUACAAAGUCACUAGUGUUUCCUGUUUGCUAUGUAUUGAUCCGCGAUUGAUGUUGUAUCCUGGUCAUCCCUUUGCAUGUUAUUAAAUAGAGAGGAUCAAAAUGAAACUGUCAGCAAAACAUACCUCAAACGUCAAGUUUAUCAAUUUGAUUCACACUUGCAUGUCCACUUUUCGAUAAGGCCCCAGUUUAAAUUGAGCUGCAUGAAACAUGUAGAGGUGACUUUUGAAGACAGGAAGGUUUAAUGUUUAUGGCAACAAUUUGAUAAGCUACAGUCAAUUUACAUGACCAAUCCUACCCUUCUAUAUUUACUGAAGUCGUCACAUAUAUUAGUGAUCGCUGCUAAUAUUCAGAGGGUAUUUACUUGCUGAUUAUAUCCCGGUAAGUACCGCACACGUUUGUAUGAGCAGAGUUUUAUUCAAUGUCAGUCACCAAGUAACAGAGCCCAUAGUACAGUUUUGCAACAGUUUGUAUAUAAACAUUAUAAUGUAUUUUAUGUCGGCCUCGCUAACGUUUUUUUUUACAGGCUGUCUAAAUGUUUGUGGUUUUAACUCGGUUUAAAAAGAUAAUGUCUGUCAAAGCUUUACUAAGUUGGGUUCUAAUAGAACAGUACUGUGUCAAAGUUCUUUAAUUCCUUGACUCUCUUUUCAUCAAAUGUUAUUCUGGGCGUCUAUAAAGUCUCAUCUGCUUUCUCUCUUUCCGUAGUUGACAUUGUUCUUUUAGCUGUUGGAUUUCACUUCACCAUGGUUGCUACAGCAUGGCUUAACUUACACGCUCAUAUCAACAUAAUUCAUUCCAAUCAUUCUCUCAUUCCAUUAGGUGGUUGAUGUCAAGGUUAUGGCUGCAUAGGAAUAUUAAAAAGACAAGUUCAUUGCUGGCCUGACAAGUUCAUUGCUGGCCUGACAGGUUCAUUGUUGGCCUGACAGAUUCAUUGCUUUCUCUCUCACUGUAUUUGUCCGAUUGAUAUGGGAUUUUACGAGAUAUUUUCACUUACAGUAGUCUACUGGACUCUGGGAAUUGCCAAAGCUUUUUUGAUUCCUCCUUUUCAACAACAAAACAAACACGUCUCUUGCUUUUGUCAUUACAUGCACUGUCUGCCUCUAUUUUUUUUGUAAAUGUAAAAAUGGUUAAAAAAAAAUGUUUGAGCUUUAUUUAACUAGGCAAGUCAUAUAAGAACAAAGUGUUAUUUACAAUGACGGCCUACCCCCGGCCGAACCCAGACAAUGCUGGGCCAAUUUUGCGCCGCCCUAUGUGAUACAGCUCUUGAUACUCUAUAAUUUACCUGAUGCUUUUUGCUCCCAAAUACACACCAGUAGUCUACAAUCAUUUCCUAGUUUUGUGGAUAUUUGCUGGCAAAUACUGCACACUUUCUAAAUGGUAGUUUGUUUGUUGGUUUAUUUCAAUCCGUCUGCAUGUCGAGAGGAAUUUGAAGUGUGAGAGACAUUUGAAUUAUUUACAAGGAUUCGCACAUUUCUACAUAUCUUCACAGUGUCCCUAAAAUGACAUGUCGAAUACGCGUCCCAUCUUCACUUCUAUAAAAGACGCUUUCAACAGCUUGUGUUUCUAUGCACUAUUCUCAAUGUCUGUGUGUUUGGAGUCAAGUAUGCCAUGUAUCCAUGCUCUUUGAAAAGGAUGACAACUGUUAUGUCUGUUCAGUAUUGUAAUAUAUGGAAAUAACUGAUUUUACUCCCUCCCCAAAAAUCAACAAACACAUGUAUAUGGCCCGAGUUUUGAUCUGAUGUCCGCUUUUGUAUUGUGUGUCGUCUUAAAUAUGCCAUUGUGGAAUUAAACGUGGAAGAAGGUG